AUGAAUAAUCAGAAUAAUCAGUCUUCCCUUUCCUUUGGUUUCACACUGCAGUUUGGACGCGAGUUUGCUUCUUUGUCCACCGCUGGCCUCAUGUCCCCAACCAAGGUACGUGUCUUUUUCAGUCGUUUUGGGCCUAUGGUCUACGGCUUUCCUCUCAAGGUACAAGCACAACAAGAACCUGAAGGUUCUGAAGUGGGGCAUGCAGAAAUAUGA